AUGAGGCUUAGCCUAUCUUUCAUAGGCUUGUGGCCUGACUUCUUCUUCUUCUUCUUCUUCUUCUUCUUCUUCUUCUUCUCGGCAGUGAUGUACGUCCUCCUGGACAUUUUCUUCCAGUCCAGUCUCAUCGCAGUUGAACACUUGUUGAGAGACAUAUCCCUCCUUUGCGAUAAGCGAACUGAACUCUUUCAUGAAUUUAUUGGCUGCCUUCUUAUCAGAACUAGCUGCUUCACUGUGUCUCACGACGUUGUGCACACGAGUUCGCUACUUAAAAUUGUCGAACCAGCCCCGACUGGCCUUAAACUCUUCUGCUGGAGUCUCUUGCGUCGAUGCUCCCAACUUCUGCUUCUGGAGAUCCCCAUACAGUACUCGGACUUUCUCAGGAAUAACCUUUUCCGUCAGAGUAUCACCUGCAAGCUGCUCCUCGUUAAUCCAAAAGAGAAGCAGCUUUUCUAUCUCCUUAUCGAUAUUAGUCCUUUGCCUGGACAGCCUGGAGACACCCUUUGCUGGUGUAACACUCUUUAUCUCGUCUUUCUGCUUCAGGAUGGUGACGUCGCUCUGUCGUAUUUCUUUGCCAAGUCCACUACACGCAUUCCUCUCUCGUAUUUUUCUAUUAUUUUUUCUUCACUUCUAAUGUAA